CACACAAUGCAUGACCGAAGAAUGUGUGUUGGCUGGUGGGGUAUAUAAAGCGGCCGUGCUGUUCAGGUAGAUAUCCGCAGUCUUACUUUGCAUCAUCCAACAUGAAGACUUCUCUUGUGGUUCUUGUCUUGAGUGCCGUUGUGGCCGCUGUUAUUGCCGAUGGUGAAUAUGCGCCUCCAGCGUAUGAGAAGAAAUACGACGGCUAUUUCCAGUACGCCAACGUUCCCGGUAAGGACGAAUACGAGUUUGGAUACAACCGCGGAAAUCCUCAGCACAACCGCAACCACUACGAGCAGUCCAAGGAUCACCGUUUCCGCACCAAGGUCAAGUGGACCGAUACCAAAGAAGGUUAUGGCGAGCACUACUGGGAAUACAAUCAUGGUGAUGCUGGCUACAAAUCUGAUUACGCAGCUCCAGCCUACGCUGCUCCGGCCUACUCCGCCCCAGGUUACUCCGACAACGUUCCCGUCUACGAAGCUGCCCCAUCAAAACAGUAAACAGCCAGUCUUCUGAGUCGAACUUCCUCGGCUGCAAUGAAAUGGAGCUUGUUUGUCAACGUCACCUGAACAGUCUCUCCUAUUUGCAAAAUAUUUUGUGCGUCCGCAUCUGCCGGUCAGAUGUGUAUCAUCCACCCCACCCUCCGACCCUUGAAAAAAAAAAAACAUAAAAUUUCGUUAAUAUAAUAAAUAUUGUUCAAAUUCAAAA